GCGCUGCGCGCGAGGAGAGCCAUGGCCGAGCCGCUCCAGAAGAAGCUGCAGGGCGAGCUGGAGAAGUACCAGNNNNCCUCCGCAGACCUCAGCAAGACGGUGACGGCGCGGCAGAAGCUCGAGGCGCAGCUCACGGAGAACAACAUCGUCAAGGAGGAGCUGGAGCUGCUCGACGCCACCAACACCAUCUUCAAGCUCAUCGGGCCCGUGCUGGUCAAGCAGGACAUGGAGGAGGCCAAGGCCACCGUGGGCAAGCGCCUCGACUACAUCACGGGCGAGAUCAAGCGCUACGAGCAGCAGAUGCAGGAGCUGGAGCGGCGCGCGGAGCAGCAGCGGGAGCUGCUGGGGCGGCUGCAGCAGGACUUCCAGCGGGCGCAGGGCAAGGGCGCCGCGGGCAAGACCUGAGCCCUCGGCCCCCAUGUCCCUUGUCCCCCACAUCCCUUGUCCCCCGUGCCGUGACGGCGCCCUCAAAGAAGCCGCGUUGGCCC